CUUUUUUCCUUUUUUUUUUUUCUUUGAAUAAACAAAACGUUCACAUUCCCACACCCCAAGAAGAAGGCUUUUGCUUGCAGAUUCUCUUACUCCAGCUAUUAAUACUAAACACUCUCUCACUCUCUCCAAAGCGGUUCUUCACUACCAAAAGGUCUUUGCUUUAUCACUGUCUCUCACUUGGGGUGUCUCAUUUUCUUUUCUCAACUGGAACCGCUAAAGGGGAAGUCUUGAGCUUGAGAAUGAAGCACGCUGGUUGGUGAGGAAUUGUUGUUGUUCAUUUCUGGUGGGGUGGUUUGGAUCCAACUGGGUCUUCAGCUUUUGUGCUGUUUUUUUAGUUUCCCGAAGAAUCCUUAUGGGGAACAUUUAUCUGGUACAUUUGACGGUGGUGGUGGUGGUUUUCCUGGGGGUGUUUUUACCUUGUUUGUGUCAAGGGGAUUCAGACGAUGAUACCACUGCUGUGUAUGUUGUUACCCUUAGACAUGCUCCUGUUUCUCAUUACUAUGGUGAGUUGAGAAGAGAAGUUAGUAGCUUCAAAGAUGCUGCUCCUGCUCCAGGGAGAACCCAAUUUAACAAACCAAGAAGGUAUGACAAUAUUACUAAGACAGAUAAGAGAUAUGGCUCUUACAUUUCCCAAGUUCAUGAUUCUCUGUUGAAGAAAGUGUUAAACGGAGAGAAAUAUCUGAAGCUCUAUAGCUACCAUUACCUGAUAAAUGGAUUCGCUGUGCUGGUUACCCAGAAACAGGCAGAGAAACUAUCAAGGAGCAGUGAAGUGUCCAAUGUGGUUUUGGAUUUUUCUGUAAGGACUGCGACUACACAUACGCCACAGUUUUUGGGUCUGCCACAGGGAGCAUGGUUUCAAGAGGGAGGGUUUGAAACUGCUGGAGAAGGAGUUGUUAUUGGGUUUGUUGACACUGGCAUAGAUCCAACACAUCCUAGUUUUGGUGAUAGUAAAUCUAAUCAUCCAUAUCCUGUUCCUGGUCAUUUUUCUGGCAUCUGUGAGGUUACUCGCGACUUUCCAUCUGGUUCUUGCAAUAGGAAGCUUGUUGGGGCCCGCCACUUUGCUGCUUCAGCCAUAACCAGAGGAAUAUUUAAUUCAACUCAGGACUAUGCUUCUCCCUUUGAUGGUGAUGGUCAUGGCACGCAUACAGCAGCUGUUGCAGCAGGAAACCAUGGGAUUCCAGUCAUUGUUGCUGGACAUCACUUUGGAAAUGCUAGUGGGAUGGCUCCUCGUUCACAGUAAAUAAUCCGGAACAUGUCUUCGUUAUUUUAUUUUAUUUUGUUAUCAUUAUUUUUACACUUGUAGUAAUCUGUUGGAUCUAUAGAUAUGCAUGAUGCUAUGAGUUGUGCAUUAUUCUUUAACAUCAACCUUAAU